AUGGGUGCCGCUUUCAAAUUAUUAGCAAUAUGUUUCCUUGUCUUCGCUACGUCCUAUUUGGUCAUUUUUUUGAAUGGCCCACGGCUCUUAAGUUUAUGGGGGCCGGCGCAGAUAUUCGCUUAUAGAUUCUUUGAGCUGUCCGGACACUCACAGGGACGACAACCCCCUCUAGAAAUAAACACUCCAAUUAGUUUGCAACAGGCGUACUACGACGAGAUAUUGCCAAACAUUAGUAUUACUGCUGUUUCUGGAUCAGAGUUGGAGACUGCCGGACUUGGAUGUUCAAUAUGUAAGAAAUUAGCGCAAUUUGUACACGACGGACUACAAAAAAAUAUUACCGAGGCCGCAAUAAUGAAAAUUGCCACACCAAUAUGUGUUGGCUUUGAGAAAUUACGAGUGUGCAAAGAGCUCAUACCUAAAUUUACCCCAUGGGUUAUUACUGUGUUGGCCAAUUCGGUGUUCUUACCAGAGAAUAUGUGUGCCAAAGCUCACUUCUGCCAGCCAGCCGAUAAACCCGACACCCCAGACGCCGUACCACUUCCAGAUAGGUCGACAAGUCAACAAAAUAUACCAAGAUCAAAACCAAACGUCCUAUUUGAUGCUAAGCACUUGACAAAGAAAGAAGAUGAUGACCGGUUAUGGGUUGUGCAUUUAAGCGACUGGCAUUACGACCCAGAGUAUACUGAGGGAUAUGACUCAGAAUGUGGAGAACCAGUUUGUUGCCGUCCGCCAAAUAGGUUUGAUCAUCAUGCUAAGCACCCAGCUGGAAAGUGGGGAGAUUAUCGUUGCGAUGUGCCAAAGAUAUUGAUUGAGAACUUGUUGGAAUCCUUGCCAUCGAUUGUGCCCAAGAUUGAUUAUAUAUUCUCCACCGGCGACCUUCCUCCACACGACGUGUGGGCUGAAACACCCAGCUCAAUUAAAAACACAACGGUCGAUACAUUCUCUGUCUGGAAAAAAUUCCUUUCCAAAGCCCCAUUCUUUCCAGUAAUCGGCAAUCACGAAGCAGCCCCAGUGAAUUCGUUCCCAACGUCGUCUAUGACAGUUUCCUCAAUCUCAUGGUUAUACAAUAUAUUGGCUGAUCAGUGGGGUCUCUGGCUAAACAAAGACGUCGAAAACAGCAUUCGCGAAACCGGAUUUUAUUCGGUUAGAUUACCAAAAGAUAACUUGAGGCUGAUUGGAUUGAAUACCAAUUUUUGGUAUAAGCUUAACUGGUGGAUGAUAAUUAAGCCACUUGAAGAAUGGGAUCCCGAAUGGCAGUUAACUAAAGUGGUCGGAGAGCUGACUGAUGCCGAGGCUCUAGGAGAGAAAGUUUGGAUAUUAGGUCACAUGUCUCCAUCUGAUCUGGACGCCUUCCCUAUGUAUUCUAUUUACUGGUCACAAAUCGUCAGCAGGUUCAACAAUACGAUCGCUGGACAGUUCUACGGACAUGCACACUGGGAUGAAUAUAAUUUGAUGUAUGAUGGCAGUUAUUACGAAACUGAAGAUGGCAAGCAAAGGGUGCCGCCCGCGACCGGUGUCGCAUACGUUGCACCCAGUGUGACGACUUUCAAGAAUAUGAAUCCAGCAUUUAGACUUUAUGAAAUAAACAAAAAGACCAAGGAGAUAAUGAAUCAUUAUACUUACUAUUUGGACGUUGAGGAAGCAAACAGACUAGAUAAGCCAACGUGGAAAUUGUUGUACGACGCGAAGACCGCUUAUUCAAUGGCAGAUUUGAGUCCACAAAGCUGGCACGAUUUGAGCGAACGUUUCCUAUCAGACGACAACCUUUACGAUACGUUUAGGACUCACGCAUCCCGAAUGCAUUCAACCCAGCAAUAUCCCUUCUGCCAUUUCUACGAAAACGCAGAAGAAUGUCGUACACGUUUUGUCUGUAAGCUACGUGCCUCAACUUCCAAGAAUGGCGGUCCAUACUCGCGGCAUCCCCUUUGCAAGUCGCAAAAGUGGCUUCCAGGACUACCUGACGAUUGGCGCAAGAGCGUACCGGAUGAAAUUUCUAUUAAAGUAGACGUAGAUAAAUUUAUGAAAAGUGACCCCACAGAAAUGAAACUUAAUUCUAUUGAAGAAAUUAAGUUACUGGAUGUUGGAGCAACUGACGAUAACGAUGAUGGCGUGAAGCUGACCAAUUUACCAAAUUUCAUAGUUAAAAUGGUUCUUAGGUUAGUCGAAGGUGGAGAUGAGGCCGUUUGUCGUUAG